AUGUUAUUGCAGUUUUUGGUGUUGCUAUUUGCUGGUUUGUGUAAUGCACACACUGUGCAUCUACCGGCGUACGGACGUCGUUGUUUCUUCGAAACAUUGAACAAGGAUGACGAGCUUUCUGUUUCGUUCCAAUUCGGUGACAGAGACCCCCAUGGUACCGACCAAUUGACGGGUGAUUUCAUCUUGUACGGGUCCCAAAGAAACGAAGUUUUGAAGACGUUGAGAGACGUGUCGCACGGCGAAGUGUUUGUGAAUGCCCCAUACGCAGGGAAGUUCCAGUACUGUUUCCUGAACGAGAACUCUGGCAUUGAGACCAAGGAUGUUACUUUCAACGUGUACGGUGUUGUUUACGUGGAUCUAGACGAUCCAAACACGAGAACGUUGGACGGGUCUGUUAGACAGUUGUCGAAGCUUGUGAGGGAGGUGAAGAACGAACAAAGCUACAUCGUGAUCAGAGAGAGAACGCACAGAAACACAGCUGAGUCUACCAACGACCGUGUGAAGUGGUGGUCGGUGUUCCAGCUCGUUGUUGUGAUUGCGAACUCGCUGUUCCAGAUCUACUACUUGAAGAGAUUCUUCGAGGUCACCUCGUAUGUGUAA